AUGGUCCCUAGUGCAAUUCGCACACAUCAUAAUUUUAUAGUAAACACUAACUCCAACUCCAACAGAACAUCUACAUCCACAUUGGCUUCGUCCUUAUCCACUUCAUCAGUAAUUUCACCACGACCGUUUGAUAAUACCGAUACUAUUGCGAAAAAUACAGUAGGUCAGAAAAAUGCAAUAGCCAAAAUCAAGGAAGCAACUCAACAAAUAUCUGAAUGUGAACAAGCAAUUAAGCUUAUCACUGCUGCUUCAUCAAACUUUAGAGCUGCCGAAGAUAUAGUUGACUGUGAUUUGUCAGAUUAUGAGAUUCCAAAUUUACACAAUGUAUAA